AGCCAGGACAUAGCCAGCUCGCCGGACUGUGAAGCAUGAAGAGCUUCUUGGAAGAUUGAAGUGUCAACUUGAGUCCAUCAGCAGCACCUCCCCACGCCUGCUGGGCUAAUGGUUUCUCCCAGCAGUAUAUAAAACCAUCCAGCUUACAGUUAUCACCUCUACAUCAGACCGAAUUGCUAUAUAGAGGAGUUUAGGGGGGAUGAGAAGAAGCAGCAAGACUUUGCAAAGGACGUCUUGAAUGCCUAAGGUGGUCCUUCCUCAUGUAUGAGAAGCAGCAAGACUUUGCAAAGGACGUUUUGAAUGCCUAAGGUGGUCCUUCCUCCUGUAUGAGAAGCAGCAAGACUUUGCAAAGGACGUUCUGAAUGCCUAAGGUGGUCCUUCCUCCUGCAUGAGAAGAAGAAAGUCUUCUACAGCUUCUCAAAGCACUGGAGAUGGUCCCAACGCCUUGGGUCUUGUCCUAACGAGCUGUGCCACCCACUUGUCCAACCUACAGAGAUGAACGGGACUUUCUUUAACCAGACAGUGCUGGACCAAGGAGCUUACAGCAACUCCUCCUUGAUGGGAUGCUGCAAUGGUAGCCGGGCUGUGAUCACCAACGAUGGUGGUGGCUCUUUGGUCCUCAGCCCUGAUGAGAGGAGCAUCUUCAUCACCAGGGUGGUGCAGAUCGCCGUGCUCUGUGUCCUCUGCCUCACCGUUAUCUUUGGGAUUUUCUUCCUGGGCUGCAACUUGCUCAUCAGGUCUGAAAGUAUGAUUAACUUCUUGGUGAAGGAUAGGAGGCCAUCUAAGGACGUGGGAGCUGUGAUCUUGGGGCUCUACUGAAGGAUGGGGGGGUCCUUGCAGGGCUGUCUUAAUGAGAGGGCACUGCCCAGGGGCCCCAGCUGCAUGGGGGG